AACAUGGCCGACUCGGAUGGAAGGCAGACUGACAGCAUCAACCAUGCUACAGAUGGAGAUGUCAAGUUGCAAGAAAUUACACGAGCGAAGAUUGAAGGAAAGGAGUUGACGAAACAAGAAAAGCAGCGUCUUAGGAAAGAGAAGAAGCAACAGAAAAAGAACAAAAAAGAUGACAAGGGUCCUCCAGAAAAGGAGAAAGAGAAUCCAUCUGUUCCAACUCCAUCAAAACCCAUCACACAGAGCCCAGCACAUAAAGCAGCUCCUGCGACUGUAAGUGUAUCUGUGUCUGAAUCUCCUACGGCUGCAGAGAAGCCAGCAAAGCCCAAAGCGGAGCUGCGAGUGGAGAGCCGGGCACGGCAAGACUCAGAUCGGGUACCAAAACAGGGCAAGAAAGAACCAGGCCAGCAGUCAUCCUCUGGCAAGCCUAAAGCCUCCAUCAGUGAGCUUCAACCAGUGGUGAAAAGGUUACCGGAGCACAUUCAAGUGGACGACCCUGCUGCAGUGAAAAAGUUUGCUAAAAAGCUUGAGAGACAGCAGGUCCCUCUUAGGUCAGACUAUGGCUACAAGGUCAACCUGUUCUCCCAUUUACACCAAUAUAGCCGAAAAGCCCCUCCCACCCAACAAAUCAGCAUCCCUGCCACAGUUAUUCACCCAUCCAUUGUUCGACUGGGCCUGCAGUACUCUCAGGGCAUUAUAGCUGGAUCCAAUGCCCGAUCUGUGGCCCUUCUACAUGCCUUUAAACAGGUUAUCCAAGACUAUAGCACACCUCCAAAUGAGGAGUUGUCAAGGGACCUUGUAUACAAGCUGUCGCCGUAUAUCAGUUUUCUUAGCCAGUGUCGCCCCUUAUCAGCAAGCAUGGGAAAUGCAAUAAAGUACAUCAAGAAGGAAAUUUCCAGUAUUCCCAGUCAAUGCAAAGAAGAGGAGGCAAAAAGAAAGCUGCAAACAUGUAUCGAUAGUUACAUAAAUGAGAAGAUAAUUUUGGCAUCCCAAGCCAUUUCUAAAUAUGCUAUUGAGAAGAUAAGUAAUGGAGACAUCAUUCUAGUUUAUGGAUGCUCUUCACUUGUCAAUCACAUUUUGUGUGAAGCUUUUGAGAAGCAGAGGAAGUUUAGAGUCAUAGUUGUGGACAGUCGGCCCAGACUGGAGGGCAGAGAGGCGCUUAGGCGUCUGGUGAAGAGAGGCAUCCAGUGUACUUAUGUGCUCAUAUCUGCCUUGUCUUACAUUCUGCCUGAAGUAUCCAAGGUAUUUCUUGGUGCACAUGCACUCCUUGCCAAUGGCUAUGUCAUGUCACGUGUGGGAACUUCCCAAAUCGCCCUGGUAGCAAAGGCCUACAACGUACCAGUGCUGGUCUGCUGCGAGACCUACAAGUUCUGUGAACGAGUGCAGACUGACUCCUUUGUAUCCAAUGAGCUAGAUGACCCUGAUGACUUGAUUGUGACCCGAAAUGGGAACACCCACCUUGAAAACUGGCAGACUGUUAAAUCGCUGGGGCUUCUGAACUUAGUGUAUGACGUAACACCACCAGACUUUGUUGACCUUGUGAUCACUGACUUGGGCAUGAUCCCUUGCACCUCUGUGCCUGUGGUACUGCGAGUCAAGAGUGUCGAUCAGUGAAGAGCAGAUGAAAGCCGUUCUGCUUCACUCUUGCAUCUGCACAUAAAAGAGUCUGUGCACACAGGGCUUCUGGCAUGAAAUAAACAUAUCUAAUGAA